UGUUCGGCUGAGCACCAACUCUUCAGCUUGUCCAUGUAACAUCACAAGUAAGUGUGAUUGAAUUUUCGGUAAUGCCAUCGAAAAGCAGUAAUGGUUGCUUGGGAACUAUUCUCAUUUACGGAAGAAAGAAAAGGCCUAAAUCUUUAUAUGACGUACGUUCUCACCCUAGAAAUAUGUUCUUGCGAAGAAAUCUUCACAAUGCGCAUUUCAAGUCAAGUUCUUUCAUUGGUUGCGGAAUAAGGACAUAGAAGGCUUGUAUAUGCAGAAGCUCAGUUUCAAGAAGAAAACGUCUUGCUAGUAAAAUUUGUUGUCGAAC